AUGGAUUGGUCACACGUGGAUUCCUGGCUUUCAAGUGUCUUCAAAGGAAAUCCAAGUCCUAACUUUGAGCGUACCAAUGAUAGCUUUCAGUUGAUCAAUACCCUCAAAAACCUUAAUUUCAAUUCAAUGCCCCUAAUCCAACACAUUUUAAUGAACAAGCUUCAUUUCAAAUUAUCAAAUGACAGUGAAAAAGCAAUCGAUUCGCUUGCCCUGCUGGCAGAGUCAUUAGGAAUGGACACAAUCGAAUUAAGCAAUUAUUACACAGCUGUAUCAAAGUUGACGAUGGAUCGAAUGGAAUUGCAACACGAAUCAUUGAAAUUAGAUGAGAUGGAGUACAUGCUGGCCGAAUCUCAGAAGAAAGCAGAUGAUGAGUUGAGUUUAAUUAAAAGCAUGUUGCUAAAUUUACAACAAGGACCACAAGAAACUGCAGUACAACGCCAGCAAAUUGGCGAAAAAGAAAUACUGUCCUCAGAAUAUAGCAUAUUGCAGAAAAAAUACGACGAGCUGGGGGUUCAGGAAUCUACAUUGACAAAGAUACAAGAGCUGGAAAAUAAAGCAGAUGCAGCCGAAUUACAAUGCAAACAUCAAGAAAUGAAGCUCGAAUCAUUCACAUCGUUGCCAUCGGAUAUGGUGCUCGCCUCUAUCAAGAUCCAAGAAGCAGAAGAUGAUUUGCAUCGACUAGAGCAAGUGAGAGAAAAUCUUUUAUCUGAAAUCGCUGAUAGUGUGCAUUGA